AGCCUUUGGAGGCGUUGCUCCUCAGAGUAUCAGCAAGUGCAGAACAAGGAACACAGUCAGAGCCAGUCAGAGAAGCGAGAGGGGAGAAACUCACAAAGUCCCAGCAGCGGAGUUUGGUGAAUGUGUCAGUGGAAGGUGCAGAGAAACCAGAGACAGAGAUCUGAGUAGCGAAAAUACAGAGGAUCUGCUCUAUUCAGAAGUGGUUAGUGUUUCCACACGACGAUCUGCAGUCAGGAUGAGUCUGAGCACCAGUGAACUGGAGGACCUGUGGGAGUCCUUGGGAGACCUUAACCUCUCUGAAACCUUCAGCAACAUAUCGAGUGUUGACACCCUGGUGUGUGCGACAGCGUUCAACCGCAGCGCUCUGCUCUACUCCAUGUGUGUUCUCUACACCUUCAUCUUUGUCAUCGGCCUGGCUGCUAACGCUCUAGUCCUUUGGGUCAACAUCCGUGCUCAAAGAGACUCCACCCCACGCCACGAGACCCACACCUACAUUGCCCACUUAGCUGUUGCAGAUCUGUGUGUCUGUGUCACUCUGCCUGUGUGGGUGAGCUCGUUGGCCCAGCACGGCCACUGGCCCUUCGGCGAAGUGGCGUGCAAACUUACACACCUGCUGUUCUCCGUCAACCUCUUCAGCAGCAUCUUCUUCCUGGCGUGCAUGAGCGUGGACCGCUACUUGAGUGUGGUUCAUCAGGGCGACAACACAGGAGGCAUGCGCAGGAAGCUGAUUCGCAGUGGUGUGUGUGUCGGGGUUUGGCUGUUAGCUCUGGUGGCUUCCUUGCCAGACACAUAUUUCCUGCGCACAAUGAAGGCAACACAUGGAGACACGAUGCUGUGCAGACCUGUGUACCCAGAGGACAAUCCCAGAGAAUGGAUGGUGGGCGUGCAGCUCAGCUUCAUCCUUCUGGGAUUUGUGCUCCCCUUUCCUGUCAUUGCAGUGUUCUAUGCCCUCUUGGCCGGUGCACUGAGCCGUACCCCAUCUUCUUCUUCCUCAUCAUCAGUAGAGCAAGAGCGCCGUGUGAGUCGCCGGAUGAUCUUGGCCUACAUCGUCGUUUUCCUCGGCUGCUGGGGGCCCUACCAUGCUGUCCUGUUCGCUGACGCCCUGUCCCAGCUGGGCCUGGUGCCACUGACCUGUGGCCUGGAAAAUGUGAUCUAUGUGGCCUUGCACCUCACCCAGUGUCUGUCGCUGCUCCACUGCUGUUUCAACCCCAUCCUUUAUAACUUCAUCAACAGAAACUACCGCUAUGACCUCAUGAAGGCUUUUAUCUUUAAAUACUCCACAAGAACGGGCUUGGCUCGUCUCAUCGAGGCUUCGAACAUGUCUGAAACUGAGUACUCUGCAGUAGCUGUGGAAAACCCCCCACAGGUUUAAAACCCACAAACCCCCCGAACAAUGUAUAUACAACUGAAUAUUGCAUUGUAUGCUAUUUUCUUUAUUAUUUUUUUAGAAAAGACGUUUUCAAUUGACCUGCAAUUGUUUUUCCAUUGAAAUCUGCUGGACUCCUGUAGAAGAAGCUUGAAGAACUUCACCAAUGAUCACCGAUUGUAGAUGAUAGACUGAACAAAAGCACUUAGAAAACAGUCUUAAUGUCACAGCUGAUAAUGAAAUUAUAUGAAUAACUAUAUUGUUAAAACAGUGACUGUGUAAAAAUCACUGUGUCGUUAUGGCGUGCGUGUGUGAGUGUUGUGUCCUUACAGGCAUUGAAUAUCAAUAGUAUUAGUUAUGUAAUCCUUUGUCUUUAAGUUGUAUUUAUAUACCACAUUUACUGCCUCUUUAUAAUGGAAAGUCUUCAGCUCAUACAGUACAUCACUGCCGUAUCAUUUCAGUCCAACCACUGACAGGAUCAGUGUAGUAGUCCUGCUGUCUAUCGAUCGUAACCUCAGAUCACACCAGCUGAUUGAAAAUGGUUCAAGUGCUACCGCUGUCAUCAGAGGUUGCAGAGUACAGAGUAGGACUUACAUUUUUAGGCUGGAUGACCAUUCUGGCACAGGCCUUUUAUUCUUGUUGCUUGCCAUGCAGCUGAAAAUGAUCUCUGAACUUCUGGGUGGAUGAAAAGUAAUUUUUUCCCCUAAAUAAAUUUAACAAGGCAGGACAGCAGGUAGUUACAUGAACUGUGAAUCAACAGGAAUCUGUACCUAUUAAUGAAACAUAGGUAAAACAGGCUUCCUGUGCAUCAAUGGCAUCGAAAACAGAACAGGCAAAUUUUAUUUCUAAUUUGUGAUGCAUUCAGUGCAUUUGACACACAAACGUAAAAAACAAGUAUGAAUCCAAGUGGGGCAACCAUUGCUUUAGAAGGUAGCAAAUAACUGGUGCUUGUGAACAACCAAACAAUUGACACAGAUAAAGUGUAUCACAGUAAUAAAUGUUUUUAUUUCUGGGUACACGCUGUGAGCCUUCUACUUAAUGCUACUAAAAUAUAUAAAAUAUUCAUUUUUAAAUGUUUUGAUGAAUGUUUUAAAUUGGAUGACUAUUUACUCUGUGCAUCACAGAGGAUUAAACACUGCCUUCUUUUGCAAAUGUGUUGAAUUGAAUUCGAAUUUUUUUUUUUUUUGGUUGAAAAAAAUGUAAGGACAAUUAAGAAAAAAUGCUUUUUGUUUAUGUAUUUUUACAAAAAACAAAGUUGGGUUAAAUUACAGCUGUAGUGGUAAAAUAUAUUUUUUAUAAUUGGACCAAAUUUAUUAAGUAUUUGUUAGACCCUGGCAGGGAAAUGGGCCAAUCAAAAUAGGGCUUGCAUGGGUAUUUUCAUUGAUCUCACCCAAACUGCUCAUAUAGGUAAAGUCUUAAAAUCUCAUGUUGUCAUGAGUUGCCAACAAAACAUCGUAGUUAUUCACAGCCAUAUUUUACCCAUUAAAGCCAUGUAAAAUCCACAUGGAUCCAUGGCUUGGAAUAUACUGAGAGUAUCAUCCAAUUUAAACUUCUACUAUGUACAUUACAGGCAACAUUCUCAUGUCCGGAAGCGUGGAAAUGUAUUUUCCAAUAUGUCAAAAGUUAUUGCCUUUUAAAGGACAUGUUAUUGUUCUUACAAAUGACUUGCAUCAUUCUCCAUUUCUACAUCCUGCACCUCAUCAACCUCUUUGUUUUCUUGACUUUGUAAAUAUUUCCAGACAUGUCAACCAGAUUAGUUGGGACCACUUGGCUCGGGUGGAAGCAAUCCCAUCUGAAACGUCCAAAAUCUUGCCAAUAAACUGUUGUUUAACACCACUGCUACCAAAGGUUACACAAUGUCAACACUAGUGCAUCAGCACACACGCUACAGGUGGUUAAAUCCCUAAUGACCAAAUACCUUGGAAAGCUUUUUGCCUCUCAUGUGGCAGCCAACAACCAAAUGUUUAUUAUGGACCAAACAGAAGAAAAUAAAAAAAAA